AUGGCUCCAAUUGAGCUACAAUGCCAGGCGCUGUGGCUCGAUGACAAACGGCGAUGCACAGCAGAGGCCACACAUGCAAAUCAGCUCUUCUGCCGCUAUCAUUCUAAGCAAGCACAUGGCCUGUACAUUGGCUACAAGGCACGUAAUGCAAGGCUUGAUGCUCUCGAUAAGGACCCUCCAGCUUAUUUUGCAAAUACUGAAACCCCUCUUGCCGACGAUGACUUCAGCUCAGUCAGAGAUGAAAAGACUCUUGGAGAAGUUAUUGAUUACCUCCACGAGAAAUACGUCACAAUUGGACGUGUCAUCGAUGCACGCAAGUACCACCACAGUAACUUCUACUCCAUCAACUAUGACUAUGGCCACCAAGCAUACAUUGACAAGCUCAUCAGCCAUCGACACAUUGUUGAUCAGGCCCUCAACAGAGCUGGGAAAAUAUUCAUGAAACUGCGCUACGAGAAGGAGCAGUGGUAUUCCUGGGUUCGCCACGCGCAAGAAGAGGAAGAGGAGAACCAGGAAAAGGAACAGAAGAAGGUCAAGCAGGAAGCAGCUCUGUUCAAGCGUCAUAUGAAGCAAAUCGAGUCCAGACUCAACUUCAUGCGAGAGAAGGAGGAGCAGAAACGCCAAGAUGCUUUUCUCGAGGAUGCUUACAGAGAGCGCAUGGCUAUGAAUGAAGAUGACUCGGAUGAUGCGACAUGGGAUCCUAUCCAGGAUUUGGAAGAUGACAAGCGAAGCCGCUACAUUGACUUGAUCAAGCACUUUCUUUGGAUGGAGUUGGUAGAACUUGCCAAGGAAAAGCCCGCGCCAGCUGAUGCAUCAUUGAGCACCCCCGCAGAGGCACCUGCACCGGCCAACGAGGCCAACGAGCCUGACGACGCCAACGAGGCCAAGGUUCACGCCAAAAAGUUGAAAAACAAGAAGAAGAAGAACAAAAGCAAAGCAAAAGGCAACACCGAGGCGAGUGCCGAUGUCACCGGCAGCACUUCUACAGCUGGAGAGGAUCAUGACCUCAAGGGACAGGACAAGCUUCUUGCGAUGCAGCAAAGCGGCAAGUAUGAAAACGAACCUGAUCUGAGAGGGCCAGAUAAGCACAGCAUCGAAACAGAAGAUGAGAUGAGGAAGCGUCUGAGUCAAGGCGUCAAGGAGAAAUUGGAUAACGUGUCUGGCAUGCAGCUUAUCGGGACUCUUGAAAACCCGCACGAGACGUGGGACAAGACAGCACCUAUGGAUGAUGAUGAGAUUAACUCCCUUAUCCAUGAUAUCCGAGAGAUCAAGUUGUUCCUAUUCUGUCGUCUUGUACUCUCACAAGUAUCUCUCCUCCCCGCUGCCCUUCGAGCCAACAGCGUGCAAGAGUUCCUUGAAGACACCACAGUCGCCGAGUCUGACAUGCGAGAUCUUUGCCUGAAGGUCGCAGAGCCCACUCUUCAAGACAUUCGAGACGCAUGUGCCGAUUUUGCCCGCGGCGAUAAAUCUGAUGAGAAAGUCUCCGUCGAAGAUGACGACGAUGACGAUGAGACUCUGGAGGAGCUCCUUAAGGGCGAUAGACGGUAUCACCAUCUUCACACCAACGACUGGUUCACUGAUAGAAUCCUCAAGCAGGGGGAGAACUUUGACAGGAAGAAGAAGAAACUCAAGAGAUCUCGACGCGCAAAGUCAAAGACGAAGGUAACGAUCUGCGGCAAAAGUAUCUGGAAUCACGCCAGUGAGAACGCCAUGUCUCGAGAUGGUUGGCUUCAUUUCUCAGUCAUGGCCAAAGACUGCGAUUUCAAGCAUGCUAUUCAACUUUGCAGAAACUGGUCCGAGUUUUCCGAUCUGAAUAUCCUUAGUAUUUGGCAGUACUUCCCAGCGUCGAACUGGGCAUCUUGGGCGCAGGAUAGGUUCAUGCAGCAGCUCCAGCAACUGGGUUUCUUCCCGUACUGGAACGAUCUCGACGCUGAGCGCAGUACCCACCAUCGUCAAGUCGGCGGUCGAAGCCAAGCUCGUCGACAACAUGAUAUCGUCGAGAUGAGGAAUGUACUGGUUGGAAACAUGAAGAGGAACGAUCCUGUGACUCGACGAUUCAUCCAGUAUCUUCUCAUGCGCACCGGAGAAGUCUUGGUUAUGGUGCGAGAUGGCAAGACUGGGCGUGUCAUCACUGCGCCUUCUGACGAGGAGCUUUGGACGUAUCGUAAGAAACAAGGGCUUGGAAGAGCGUCUAGGAAUGAGUGGCACAAUGUCCUAGAGAUGGGACCUGACUUCAUGAAGAUGAUGGACGUCAUGCGGAAGUGGAGGUUUGGCUUCUCUGACUACUACGACGUUUACAUCUGGGACCUUGUGCCCGGCCAGUCGUCGGUGGAUAUGUACAACAUCAUCGUCCUGGAACUUCGCAACGCCUGGCGUAUGAAGCAGCCGCGCGACAUGUACAUUCACAUGGAGCAUCUCCUCCGAAGCUUGCACCGGAACGAAGAGACCAUGCACACGCGGCAGAUCAAGUCUGGCGAGAACGUCAGGAGCAUCUGGGACACCGUCACCGAUGAAAGAUCGUCGUUCAGCCUCUUCGACGUCAGCGGGAAGAAGCUAACCUGCCGGGACGAGUCUGAGAUAGAUGAUUUGCCGUACAUGUUCUACAACCAGGCAAACGCCGCCGAAGACGCUAUUCUCUUCCCUGAUGAACUAACCUCCAACAAGAAGACCGUUGCUUUCCGAGAGAUUAGAAAUGGCGUUGCGAAUAUCGAAGAUGGGGUGUUACCUAGUAAAGCUAGACACUUCGCCAGGGGACUCGAAGCCAUCAACGAGGGCAAGGAUCCCAUGAAAGCUAUUCGUUUGUCGAAAGAUCACGAUGAGAAUAAUAUCUGGGGUCUGCCAAAGGUUUGGGAGACUGGUCUCAUCCAAGCUCGCCGCGAAAAGCCUUCAAAAGCACAACGUGGUCUUCUUAAACGAACUGGUUUACUAAAUACGUACAAGAGUUUGACGUUUGAUAGACGGCUCGAGAUGUCGGAUCCAAUGGAGAACAUGGAGCGGGAUCGCUCUUUCAGCUUCAAGGAGUCCUUCCACGCCGGUGAUCUCGAACCAGGCUACAACGCAAAAUACGAACAAUUCCGCGAACGCCUCCGCGCCAUGCUUCAAACUCCGCAUGCCGGCCCAACAGACUGGAUCUGGUACAUCGCCGAGAUUCUCGACUGGCUUGACCUCCGAGGUGACUACGACGAUUACGCGGAAGACCGGUCUUCACCAUGGCCGCACUCUUUCAUCGUCCAAGACAUUGUUGAGGCAUUUGCCACUAUGGCCAUGUUCUUCCCAGACUCGGACAUCACCAAGCUAGUAACCAUGUUUAUAAAGUCUAACCAGUGUGAUGAGUUCAGAAAGUCUGGCUUGUUUGAUACUGAGGAACGAAGCAAGACUCGACCUGAUCGACGGACGAGAACGAGUUACAAGUUCCGUGAUAAGGGAUUCUGGAAGGACUGGAAGGAGUUUUAUAAGACUGACAGGUUCUUUGGUGAUGUGUAUCCCAUGGAAUGGAGUCUUACGGUCCGUCCUAUCAUAGCUCAUUUGUAUCAAGCUGGUGUAAUCGCCCCAGCAUACACUCAAAACCACCCCCAGGUCGUUCUCGGCAUAGCCACAGCCAACAAGGAACCUCACCGUCCCGAGAAACUGGAUCUGUUUAUCAACUACGAGGACCAAUACGGGAAUUUCCCAAUGAUCUUCCCUCCCACCUUUAUCGCCCCCUCGAAAUGGCCAGAGGUAAUCCCCACCGCCCGCACAUUCUCCAAGAACCACCCCAACGCCCGCUUCGCCCUCCUCCGUCUCUGGUCAGCACCCCACUACUACCCCUUAAUGGUCGGCCACUUCAACCGCCAGUACACCAGCUUCCUUGACAGUCUCGCGCGGUCGUGGGAGUGGAAGUUUGUGCCUAAAGACAUGCCUGGUAGCGAGUACAGCGUGCAUCACACUGUCAGCAAGAGAUUGGAAACCCUCAAGCAUAAGUUUGGCGAUCGUGUUAUGAGCCGUGGGGAUUUGGUUCUUGUCAUGGGUGAGGAUGCUGAUGAUUUGCUCAAGUUCUGCACGGCGGUUACAUUUGCUAUACAGACGAAGCCGUGGUUGCGGGAGAUUGAUGUGUGGAAGAGCUUUGUCAAUGUGAGCUUUGAGUUUAUUCUGGACUUGGACUCUUUUUGGCUUGAGUAA